GAUCCUUCUUCCAACCUUCUCUCGCCCCAACUUUCUCCUCUCUCUUCUCUUCUAGCCUCACCCGUAUUAUCAUCUUUCUUUUGCCCUUUCUCUUCUCUGAUCCCGACAGCUAAUAUAAAAGAUAAAUCACAUCAAAGAGAGGAGUGAGAGCGUGGACUGAAGAGCCGCUUUCUGUUCCUUACUCGUUUGUUUAGCUUCAAUAAAAUAUACCCCACUAGCUCCAACCAUGGCAUCUUUUGACUCGUUCUCAUCCUCAUUCAUCCCACAAAUUCAAAGACCAAGGGAGUCGUUGUUACACUCUUUAAGAGAACGUGAACGUGGUGCGAAUCGAACCAAGUCUCAUGUGAUUGCAGCUCGACGACUUUAUAGGUCCAUUCACCCAAACACAACCAUUCAUGGAGUUGACUGUCAGUUCUCUAACCUCAAAAAGUUCACACCUUGUGGUCAGUACCUAAUAGGGAUGUCCAAGAAUUACCGUGCAGUACAUAUUUAUCGCUUCAAAGGUUCAGGGAAUCCUCCAGAGGAGCGUAUGACAGAGUCAAUUCGUUUCAAAGACUUUUUCGAGCUCAAGCAUGAGACGCUGGUUCCGAAAGAGUCUGAACUGCUCUCAAAGGACUUUUGUCUGGUGACUGCGAACGGACGCUUUAUCAUCGUUGCUGCAGUCUCACCUAACACUGGAACAUCAUCAGAUAAUCGAAUGUACCCUUGCUCAUUGAGCUGUAUACCCAACUUGGAAACAAUUGUAUUUUAUGUCGUCGAACUAGAAACAGGAAAGAUUGUUGAUAAGAGAGAAUUCAAGAAUGAGUCUAUCACGGUUCCGCACCAUUUGGGCGUUAGUCUGUACGACUCCUUGUUUGCUGUAAUGUUGAUUCAAAGUCAAGCGAUUCAAAUUAUACACAUCAAGAGCAAUGGAAAGAUGAUUGAUCUACAUCGGAUAGGCUGGUUCAAUCAUGAGGAUGAUGAGUUGGUGCUGGCACGGUAUCGAGAUUUUAACGAGAACUAUCUUGCACGACAGACAAUCAAAUCUGCCUCGCCCUAUUACCAUCUCGGAUAUAACCUCAAGGACGAAGACAUGGGUGAUCUCAGGACAAAGGAUCGUCUGGACUCAUUUGCGUUAGCCCCAACGAUGCCUAAUACAGCAGAAUUCUCUGUAGACGCCACAUAUCAUCAAGUACCUUCCAGUUCCAGCAGCAGCAUAGGCCAUCCAUCACGACCUGCCCAUCCUAACCAAUCCUUUAUAUCUCAGCUCGCUUACAACAACCAAUCUGUAUACUGUGAUGAGCCACAUUCUCAGAUGAUCAGUGGAAUCAAGCAACGACUGAUGGCGUACCUUUUCAGAAAGGCUUUUAAUGCAGAUGAUGGUGGUGCUGCGCUUCGACAUUUCCAUCUGACGUUCCACCAAUUCGCUAAUCUGACCAUGUGGCGUAUGCAACUUUUAGACGAAUCAACAUUGCUUAUCAAGUUUGGGAAACUGGACUGUGUUGUUGGGCGUCCUGCGGAUAGUACUUACCAGACAGCAUUCUUUGUCUUUUACGAUAUUCGGACCACAGAAAUCUUGGCAGUGUACGAUAAUGCUUCGGAAGAAUUUCUCAAACUGUAUGAGGCGUGGGCUGAUCAAUUCUGUGCAACCGCAUACACAACCGCAGGACGGGACAAGCGCCACUACUCGUCCACCUGCUCCAACAAUAUAUAUGCCAAAGACAACCUCAAAAAGACUCAGUAUGGAAUGAGGCAUGCACGAAAUGGAGGGAUAGCGCAGGCAAUCAAGCGCUCGCUUUGCGUACUCCCUUAUAGCCCACAAUCCCUUAGUGACAGUCCAUACCUCGAUCAAGCACUAUUCAGCUAUGAUGAAAAAGUUGUCUCGGCUUCUGAUCGCCAACGGCCAUGUCAAGAUUUUCCGAUUAAAUUCUAUCUUCGUGGAAGUGGGCAACUCAGAUUCAAGAUCCAUUUAUUCAAACCAGGUUCAUUGAAUGGAAAUAAUAAUAUUGGAAAUAGCAGUAGCAAUGUCAACAGAGGCGAAGCUUUCAACUCAAUGGCUGUGUUUGAUCCAGCGGCUCGUAAUAACAACAUGAUCAGUCAUCCUAACCACAAUGGCAUUGGUAUCGGCAACAACAUCCAUGCUACUAUCAACAUCAAUAACAACAACAAUAACAAUAAUAUUAAUCAUAAUAAUGCUGGAGAUAACAUUGGCAAUGGCACCAUAAACACAAACAUGAACAUGAAUAUGAACAUGAAUAUAAAUAUGAACGUAAACAUGAACAUGAACAUGAACAAUAAUAGCACCAACAACAAUACUACAGCAGCCAGCAAUGCGAUCGUUCGAUCCAAGAGAUUUGUCACGUUUAUUCCCCACCCGUUUGAACCAUUUAUCAUCUCUGUGAUCCAAAUUCCUUCACAGCCUCCGGUGCUGAACUUGCAUCUUUAUCGAUCAGACGCGGAGCCAUUGUAAUUUGUACUAUAUUGUAUUUGAGACAAAGAAAGAAAAAAGCAUGGUUUGACUUUCAUUUGUUGAAUAUUGUAGCAUUAUUCUAGC